AUGAGUCAGUCUAGUGCUACAAGCACAGUACCGUAUGAGCUAACAGAUUUUCAAGAUCAAGACUUUAUUGAAGAGCUGAAUGAAGUUGACAAUUUGUACUUUAACGACAGAAUAUUAACACCACAGUCGAACCAACAAAACCCCUCUGUUUUAUGUAGUCCGACAGGAGAUACAAGUGAUGAAGAGUCUGAUAUUAAUUAUGAUUCUGACAUUGAUGAUGACAGUGAACAUGUCCCUCUAGAGUUUAAUGAAGCAGAUUUUAAAGAGUACAACUGCCAAGCCCAAUUCAAAACAAAUACAUGUGGAUGCAAAUCAUUCUACAGAAAACCACGUAGUACUGUUGUAGAUUUUGAUUUUUUGAUUGAGUUGAGGGAAAACUACAAAGAGUUGUCUAGAGAUGAGUUAGGUAUAGCACUUAAGUCCGAGUUAUUAGGUCACAGACAUUCUGACAGUUUAACGGAUGGUAAGAAGCAUGUUAAAAAAGAGAGGGAAAGGCCAUAUCAGGAAUUUUAUUUGUCUGGUAAAAGAGUUUGUAGAGCUACAUUCUGCUUUGCUCAUGGCAUUGACAAGAAAAAGUUGCAGGCAGUAGGUCGGUCAUUGGAUGUUGAUGGCUUUAAACCUCGUAUUCAUGGCAGAAAAGGUGUCCAACCCUCACAUAGCCUUACCUUUGAAGACCGAGAACGGAUAAAAACAUUUAUUUGUAGAUAUGCCCGGGAUAAUGGGCUUCCACUGCCCGGUAGAUUACCAAAUUUCAAAGAAUCACAUGUUCUUAUCUUACCGUCAGAUAAUACUGUGUCUGACAUACAUCAGAAGUAUGAAAAGCUUGCCACGCAAUUACAGUACAGAACAGUUAGUCUGAGGACAAUUCAAAGGACAUGGCAUGACCUGUGUCCUUACAUAAAUGUUUGCAAACCCUGUACAGAUAUUUGUCAGCAAUGUCAAAAAUUUUCAUAUGAGAUAAGUAAUAGUGGGAAUUUGCCGGAAGAGGAAAAAACAGCUCUUCUUGUUGAGUAUCAAGCUCAUUUAAAUGCUGCAAAGCAACAAAGGGAAUAUUACAGGCAACAAUGCAUGGAUAGUAAACUUAACUACAGUCUCUUGCCUCCAGAAUACAAAAGUGAUGGUGAGAUUCAUGAAUAAAUCUGCCUGAUUUUACUGUACAUACAUUGAAAGUGUAGUUUUGAAAAGAGUAAUAGCAUAUUAUUAAUAAACAUCUAUUAUCAAUUCAGUCAUAUUAAAAUUCUUACCUUGCUAAUUUUCUAAAUUUGACUACUUCC